AUGAAUCACAAAUUCACAACAAGUAUAUAUGACUUUGGUAAAACAAUAAAUGAUGUACAAUUUUGGUCAAAACAAUCUAAUUAUAACUCGGAUGAAUAUAUAGAUAAUUUAUCAAAUUGUUUAUCGUCUUCUUCUUGUGAAUAUUUUACAUAUAUUAAUUAUACAAAAUUACCGAUUUAUUUGAUCAAUGGUCAUUCAUUUCAAAUUUUUACCAAUGAUGAAGAUACAGAGUCAUAUUUUAAACAAAAAGUCAUAGUGACACCUGAUUCAAAUAAAGAACAAGACUAUGGAAUAUUAGCGAAGAUUAAAAACAACAGUAACAAAUAUCUCAUAUUUUAUUUUAAUAAAGGUGACCAGACUAUUAAUUGUUUGAUACUAGAUCUCGAUACUAUAACUAAAGUACAAAAAUUGAUACUAGAUAAUGAUUUUGAUGAUAAUACGUUCAUAACAACCAAAAAAUCAACAAGAAACACGCCAGAUACUAAUAUUUUUGAUAAAGUACUUAAACAGAAACAAAAGAAUAAUCCAUUUUUAAGAACCACAAGCAGUUUUAAUUCCCCGAAUUCAAAUAACUUAUCACUACUGAUACUAUCAACUCAAGAUCAAAUUAAUAAUGCAAUUAAUAAAUUAAUAUUAUCAGGUUUAAGGAUAAGAGGAUUAUCUACAAAUCAAGCAAAAUCGGUGAAUGAAAAAUUGAAAAUUAAAGAAAUUCAUCAAAUGACUUAUAAGGCUGCCAUAUUUUCAUUAAGAAAAUAUAAUAAUAAUCUAUUAGAUGGUACUAAUAAAAGAUUAGAGUUGGAAAAACCACAAAUUAAAUUUAAUGAUGUACAAGAAACUAUUGAAACUUUAUUACAUCUAUUUGUUGACGUUGAAUAA